CUACAAUUUGGGCAGUGGCAUUGCUUCCAUCAUGGUGAACGGCUCUUUCAGCGAUGGCCGGUGGCACAGAGUCAAGGCUGUUCGGGAUGGACAGUCUGGCAAAGUAACUGUGGAUGAUUAUGGUGCGAGGACUGGUAAAUCCCCUGGGAAGAUGAGGCAGUUAAACAUCAGUGGAGAUCUCUAUAUAGGUGGCAUGAAGGAGAUUGCCCUGCACACGAACCGGCAGUACAUGCGGGGGCUUGUGGGCUGCAUCUCCCACCUCACGCUGUCAACUGAUUACCAUAUCUCCCUGGUGGAGGAUGCUGCCAAUGGCAAGAACAUCAACACUUGUGGGACCAAGUGA